AUGAACAUUCGAUUUCAAACCUUCGUCUUAUGCUCUGGCUUAUCGAAAAGGGACAUAGUCUGUACCAAGGCAAUGUCUAGGAAGAGGGGUUCACAAUACGCCCACGCCCGACGUUAUCUGAAAAGUAAUGCUCAAUUGCUGCCUUUUACACUGGUUCGUGCAUUCUCACGCACCGAUGAUGAGAUACUGGAUUUUGUCGCCCAGCAAGGCUUCCUUGAUUUCUUUGACCAGCCGGCGAACUGCAUUCGGCCUACCCUCACCAUAGACAGACAAGAAAUAUUCGCCGAAUAUAUAUUGGAGAGAAUACGUCCAGUCUUCUGCCCGUGUAGUCUGGGGGUCGUUGGUACAAAUCUUGAUGCCCAGCGCAAUGAGCCGCAAAAAGCCCCAACUACUUUACAGAAACAUCUGCCAAUCAACGGUAGUAAGACCCAAAGCUACAUGGCGCGCUCAUCCAAAAAGCGUGCGACUUAUCUGCCUGGUGUGGUGGGCCGUGUAUGGCCGCCUUACUUGGCAUAA